AUGCCUUCAAUUAAGCUGCAGAGUUCAGAUGGAGAGAUUUUUGAAGUUGAUGUUGAAAUUGCAAAACAGUCUGUGACCAUAAAGACUAUGCUGGAAGACUUGGGAAUGGAUGAUGAAGGCGAUGAUGACCCAGUCCCUCUUCCAAAUGUCAACGCAGCUAUUUUAAAAAAGGUGAUUCAGUGGUGCACCCAUCACAAAGAUGAUCCACCUCCUCCUGAGGAUGAUGAGAACAAGGAGAAAAGAACAGAUGACAUCCCUGUGUGGGAUCAAGAAUUUCUGAAAGUAGACCAAGGAACACUUUUUGAACUCAUCCUGGCUGCAAAUUACUUGGACAUCAAAGGUUUGCUUGAUGUCACAUGCAAGACAGUUGCCAACAUGAUCAAGGGGAAAACUCCAGAAGAAAUUCGCAAGACAUUCAAUAUUAAGAAUGACUUCACUGAAGAGGAGGAAGCACAGGUACGUAAGGAGAACCAGUGGUGUGAAGAGAAGUGAAGCAUUGUGCCUGACACUCGAACACUGUAAGGAUUGUUCCAAAUACUAGUUGCACUGCUCUGUUCAUAAUUGUUAAUAUUAGACAAAUGCAGCAGCAAAUGAAGUUGUGUUAGCAAGAUAUUGUUCCCUUUGCAUGUGUAGUGUUGUUUUUUUUGAGUAUAAAUUUAAAUCGGCGUUUUUACUAGUGUAAUGGGAUGUCUUUUUACUUUACUCUGCAACGAAUAAAACUGAACCAAGUGUGGAUUCUGUUUGGAAAGUAGCACUUAAGGUUGUCAUUUUCAUUAUACUUUUUUAACUGUUCCUAGUCCAGUUACAAUCUUAAGUGUUGACUCCACCAUUGUAAAUAAAACCACCUUUGCUUUCUUCUUCAGGAAGAACAAAACACUUAUUUACAGGGUAUUGAUGGCUUCAGAAAGGAAAAUUAAAUGUGUCUUGGGGAGCUACAUAAAGUUUAAAAAAAAAAAAAUUGUUGGAUUUCUUACAGAGACAUUUUGGAAAAAUUGGUAUUACUUAACGCUAUCUAACUUUAAGGAUGGUUCUUGUUCUGCAUUUAAAAAAAAAAAAAA